CAUUGAACAGAGAUGCUUCCCCAUUGAUGAUGCCUGAUCGUCCUGCUUAUGAACAGCGAGUUUAUCUAAAUACCCUCCUCCUUUGGAUUCAUCGAAUAGUGAUGAUCAUGACUCUGAAUGUGGAGGUUUAAGAGAUAAUGGUGAAUCUGUUCAUGUGGGUGAGGAAUCAAUGGAAGAAGAUGUAGAACCAGUUGUAAGGAUUCUUUCAUCAUCUGAAAGUACCAUCGUAAUCCAUCUCAAUGUCAAUCCAAGAGAAGAAUCAAUUUCUGAUGUUUUGGAGCUACAUGCCGAUGAGUUGUAUGAAGAAAGUGAAGAUAACAUUGGAGACCAAGGAGCAAACGGAAAUGAAAAAACUCAAGAUCACUUUGUUGGAGAACAAGGUUAGUCUUCUUGUUAACUUGGUCAGAUUGUGAUUGUGAUUUAAAACUAGUCUGUAGCGUGGCACGUAUUACAAUUGUUGAUCUAUGUUUCUACAAUUUGGAGUACGAGAUAAUGGAUCGAACGCAAAUGGUAAUGCCACAACUGGAAAAAAAAGAACUACAUUAAUGGUCAAAGGUGGGCAGUCUAUAACGUUUUACUUGAAAUGAGUGUGAGAGGAAAUCUGAGCAAACGUACGACACAAGAGGUAUCAGAUUUACUUUCAGUACAUAUUCGGACAGUUCAAAGGAUAUGGAAACAAGCUAAAGACACUCUUACUGGUGAAUUUGUCGAUGUGUCUCAAAGAAGGAAAAAAAGAUGUGGGCGUAAGAAAAUUCCACUAGACAUACAACAGAUCAUCAAUACACCUCUACAUCGACAGACCAUUUUAAGGACAUUGGCUGAAGCCCUUGGAAUUAGUUAUUCAUCACUAUACAGACGUGUGAAAGAAGGUCUUCUGCGAUGUCAUUCAAACGCAUUAAAACCACAUCUUAGAGAAGAAAAUAAGGUAUCAAGGUUACAGUUUUGCCUUAAAAUGUUGGAUCCUGAGAGUUUGAGUCAUGAACCACAAUUUAUUGAUAUGUACAACAUUGUACAUAUUGAUGAAAAUGGUUCUAUAUGACCAAAACAACUGAGAAUUACUAUCUACUUCGUGAAGAAGAUGAUCCCAUACGGACAUGCCAAAGUAAGAACUUCAUUGGCAAAGUGAUGGUGUUAGUUGCAAUGGCUCGUCCGAGAUUCGAUGCUGAUGGAAACGAAACUUUCUCGGGAAAGAUUGGGGUUUGGCCUUUUGUUACAAUUCAACCUACAAGAAGACGGAGUAGAAAUAGAGAAGCUCGGACAAUGGAAAUAAAACCAAUUACAUCGGUGAAGAGAGAUGAUGUGAGAAGAAUGUUGAUAGAAGAAGUUCUUCCCAAUAUUCGUGAGAAAUGGCCUCAUGAGGAUGUAGAUAAAGUCAUCUACAUUCAACAAGAUAAUGCAAGAACGCAUGUGGAUCCAAGCGAUGUAGAAUUCAAAACAGUGGCUUCACAGAAUGGAUUUGAUAUCCGAUUGAUGUGUCAACCGCCAAACUCUCCAGACUUGAAUGUUCUUGAUCUUGGAUUUUUUAUUGCUAUCCAAGCAUUACAACAUAAGGUAUGUCCGAAGAAUGUUGAAGAGCUUAUUCACGCUGUCAAAAUGGCUUAUGAAGAUUAUCCAGCGAGAAAGAUAAACCACAUUUUCUUAACUCUGCAUCUUUGCAUGCAAGAAACAAUGAAAAUUGGAGGGUCUAAUAAUUAUAAAAUCCCACACAUGAGGAAAGAAGCGUUGGAGCGAGAGGGUCAACUUCCUAAGCAAAUAAAAUGUAAUUCUACUAUAGUAGAAAAUGUGAGAAAUCAGCUAAGAGAGUACUUGCAGAUCUUAAAGAUACAUGUAGAUAUAUGGAAAGUAUGGUCUUAUGGCAGCCGUGUCAUUGAUACUUGGGUAGCCUUGCCGACAAUGCAGCAGCCAGCAGAGAUACACAUGAAGAUGUUCAGGUUCAUUCCCUAAGUGUAGGUAAUAAAGAGAACAUCAUUGAGCCUGCAUAUGUGAUAUUGGUGUUGUUGUUUGCUCUGUUUUUGCUGCUUUGAGAAAAUAUUUGGAUGUGUCUACAACAACCAACAGUGCUAAGAAAGAUAUUAUCUCGGGUAGAACACAAAAGUAUUAGAACAAUGGUGCAGCAAAGAGGGUUCUGCCAGACAAAGUGACCAAGGAGACCCAACAAAACAACUCGACCAUUGGAGAAAUGGUGGAAUUUGGCCUGAAAGUAUAGGGUGUCAUGGUUGGUGCUGUAACAGCUGCUUUGAGAGCAUAUGCGAUGCUGGCUCAAGACGAGGUCUUAAAGAUACAUGUAGACAUAUGCAAAGUACGGUGUCAUUGAUGCUCUAUGUUCUCCAAGGAGAUGGCUUGGAUAUCGAUCAUAUCUAGACCAAAUUGGUCAGAUUUUACAUGUACUAAGGAUGAAUGUCUCCUUCCCCAUACAAGCGUUUGUUGAGAUCAUAGUCAUGCACCAUUUUUGGCUUCACAUCAGUAUUUUCCUUGCUCAACUGAAAGUCUUCUUUUUCUUUAGGGACUCUGUUGAGAUCAAAGGUUUAUGACUAACCCACUAACCCAAUAUAUAUUUAUCGAUGACUCUUCAUAUUAUGUCUCUUGAUAUAUCCAGUCGUGUUGUAUUUUGAAGAUUUGUUAUUUUCAGUUUUAGUAAUUUGUAUUAAUUUAUUUAAGGUUAUAUUAGUAAUUUAAUUAGUAUUAUCACAUUGAUAAGUGAGAACGACACUUAAUAAGAAUAUGAAAACUUUCCUAGAACGACAAUUAUUUAGGAUAGGAGGGAGUAUAUUGGUAAUAGUGCUUGUAGUAAUAUAUGUAAAGACACGUAUAUACAAUCACAUAAUUUUUUUAA